GCCUGUUCCGUUGAAUUCAGACUCACUGUCAUUUUAACUUCCUUCCUGCCUUUUGUACAUUAAACAAACAUACGGCUCUGACGCGAGGUGUCGAACAGCUCGUGAGAUACACAGUCACACAGAUACAUUGAUUUAAAUUGGUUAAAGAACUCCUGGAAUGUAGCAGCAGUGGAGCAGCUCAAGUUAUUAUUCUGCUUCGUGUCCCGAAUUCGCGAGUACGCGCUUCUCGGACAAUUUAAACAACAGCGUCUGCAACGAGGAGACUUGUAGCCCCCUGCUAAUGAUGAACCAGAAGUGGACAUAAUAUAUGAAUGAGGAAAGGAGUCAGGGAUUGUAUUUUAUUCUACGUGUCAGCUUUCCUUUGGUCCCUCCUAACAAUGGUUGGCUCCAAAGGCCAGUGGACCUUGGAUGAAUAGACCUAAAUGGGUGCAAAAACGGACAGAGUCAGCCUGCCACUAUGGCAGCUUAUGCUCUGAACAGCCUGAUAAUGAUGAACCCCAACAACCUGACCAAUAAAAGCAGCCCUCGAACAGGAAGGCCUGUCCUCCCAGUGCCCAGUCGUUCUACAUUUAGCCCGGUACUGGGGGGCAGCGGAGGUCCCUAUAGCCCAGGAAGCCUGAGCCCUGGGUCUGCAGGCAAAUCAUUUGUCUUCCCAACAGGUACCGGUUCCAGUUGUCGAAGGGCACUUUCACCAUGCCGACGGCCAGAAUCACUGGGCGUGCAUGUAGGAAAUCGUGUGCGCAGACUCAGUGGGUCCGGCCUAGAGGAAGAGCAGGAGAACGAAGAGCGCCGUGCCGCUCAGCAAAUUGAGCGCGGCAAGGAACUGCAGAAUGUGGAGGUGAACAAGAAGGUGGAUCUGUUUGAGGCCCAAAUAUCUGCUCAGACUCACAGCAGAGAGGCUCAACGAAGCCCACGAAUUUCCAGGAAAACUCCCCCGAACUUAGUCCCUGUCCCACUCGCCAACUUCAGCUUGAAUCCAGAGGAAACACUUGCAACACAGAACAAGGAUCACUCAACAGGGAUCCCCAAAGAACUGCAAAAUGGAAAGCGCUUCUCCUGCAUGGAGGAGGGGCUGCAGGUCAGCAGUGAGGAGAAGGACAGGGCUGACCCAAAUACAGAAGAGGGCGGCCCACUUGAGAGCACAUCAGCAGGAAUUAAGAGCGAAGCUGACAGCCCUACCGACAAUCACUCCAGGACUUCACCAGAGGCCAACGAGUGCUCAGCAUCUUGGACCGAGACAUGUUUGACAAAGCCGGGAGCUGAGCCAGCAGAAACUCAGGCAGAGUCUGACUGGGUCAGUCCGGAGCUGGGCUCCAUCCCUGCUGUCAUUAUUACGGACCACGGCAUGGAGGGCACUGAGCCUCAGGUUAGUCCUCAAACUAACAGAGUCGUGAGAAAGCUUUCCUCUUCCUCUGCCUCCUCAACGGGAUUCUCCUCGUCCUGGGAGGAAUCAGAGGACGACAUUUCCAGUGACACGGAGCGGUCCCCAGCUUUCCUGCAGACACAACAGAAAGCGCAUAAAUCAUGGAAGAAGAUCAAGAAUAUGGUGCACUGGUCACCAUUUGUCAUGUCCUUCAAGAAGAAGUACCCUUGGAUACAGCUGGCUGGCCAUGCAGGCAAUUUCAAAGCAGGAGCUAACGGUCGCAUCCUAAAGAAACACUGUGAGUGUGAGCAACAAUGUCUCGAUAGGCUAAUGAGAGACGUGCUAAAGCCAUACGUUCCCGCCUACCAUGGAGAUGUAGAGAAGGAUGGAGAGAGGUACAAUCAGAUGGAGGACUUGCUGGCAGACUUUGACCUACCCUGUGUCAUGGACUGCAAGAUGGGCGUAAGGACGUAUCUGGAAGAGGAGUUGACGAAAGCCAGGAAGAAGCCUAGCUUGAGAUCUGACAUGUACCAGAAGAUGAUCGAGGUGGACCCCAAUGCGCCCACGGAAAAGGAGACAGAACAGAAAGCGGUCACUAAGCCUCGCUACAUGCAGUGGAGGGAAACCAUCAGCUCCACCGCCACGCUAGGCUUCCGCAUCGAGGGCAUCAAGAAUGAGGACGGAACAGUAAACAGGGACUUUAAAAAGACUAAAACGCGAGAACAAGUGACUGAGGCCUUCCAAGACUUCGUCAAAGGAAACGAGAAAAUCCUGAAUUCCUAUCUGAAUCGUCUGAAAGAGAUCAGGGACACUUUGGAAAAGUCAACGUUUUUCAAAACGCACGAGGUGAUUGGCAGUUCUCUAUUAUUCGUCCAUGACAAACGGGAGCAGGCAAAAGUGUGGAUGAUAGACUUUGGGAAGACCACACCAUUGCCGGAGGGGCAGGAGCUGUGCCACAGGGCCACCUGGGUGGAGGGUAACAGGGAAGACGGCUACCUCUACGGCCUAGACCACCUCAUAGACAUUAUUUCCCAAAUGCUACCUAAACCCCACUAGAGUAAGAGGAUUCGAUCUUCUCGCCCGCACUACAGUUCAAGACCUAAAGCUAUCCUAACCGAUCGCCCCGUCUCACCAAAAAAGAAAACUGUAAAACUUAAAACAGGAUAUCAGCCGCAAUGGCCUUUAAACGAGUGUGUAUGUUUGUAAACUUGUAGAUGCUGUACAUAUAGUGUAAAUGCCAGUGUUUUAGUUCAGAACGUGUGAAUAGGAUCUUUGCAGCUAGCGCUUUAACAAACGGGUGAAUCUUAAAGCCACACUCCCUUUAUGUGCGAUGUUUUCAACAUGCUUGUGUUUCGGAAAAGUGUAAAGCACACACUGUUUUACUCAUGAUCGUCUUAAUAUUUUGUUUUAGAUGCUGCAGAAAAGACUUUUUGUAUUCUCACCUAUAGGCACCAUUUCUUAUUUGAAACAAAACUAAAAUAUAUAUAAAAUGGUAAAGCCUAACAAUCAGAUGUUUAUUGAGAUAUAUUUAUAUUUUUAAGAUUCUAACUAAUAUUCAUUUGUUUUAUAGUUUUUUUUUACCCUUUUAAGAUAAUGUUAAUGUACUGUUAAAUAUGUCAUUUAUACUGAGUGCCUAUAGUAGAACAAAUUUGGUGGAUGGGCUGUGCUUUUAUACUUAAAUUCUUCAUAUUGACAUUCCAAGUAGGGCUGGGUAAUUGAUCAAUACAGAUUUUACAAUUCGGUUACGAUUCUUGAUUACAAUUAACAAGCUCUCAAUCAAUUCAGUCCGGACUUCAAUCCAAUUUAAUACGAUUCCGAUGUAUUUGGGUAUGCAUUUCAGUUAAAGUUUUUGACUUUAGUCAUUCGUUUUGAGAAUGAGGCUACGCUCCCACUAAAAAAAUGUAUUUUUUCCUGCUCCCGUUCACAAAUCGUACGUUUUGUCCCGUUCCAGUAAGACUCUGUCCCUCUCCGGUGUCAUAAGCAAUUUUUCACUCUAUUAAAGUCUCAUUUUUACGCGCCACCCUAGACUUAAUAGAAAAGUGUUUCGUUUUGCUGUCACUUGUAUUGCAUCACAUUCAAAACAGAUUGCAAACUUUAAAAUAUUGCUAACUAUGAUAUUACAAAUAUGAUUUUUGUUUUGUUGCGGUGUCACUGAAGAUUGAGUUGAUUUGGAGUGAGUAAUAUAAGCUGAACACAGUGCCAUCUGUAGGAUGGGAAGAGCAGUACAAAUACAAAUACUUUAUCACGUAGCCACUAAAUAAUUUGGAUAUUAAGACUGAAAAACUGAAAUUAACUGAAAAAUCUAUAUUUUUACCCAGCCCUAUCCCCAAGUGCCCAAAAUAAUGUGCAAUUAAUUGAGUGUCAACGUUUUUUUUAGGCUCCAGUUCAAGGAGAUUAUUAAUCUGUCAAUACCAGCGUGUGGUAUGUUUUCAAGUUCCCUGUUAACACACAGUCUGCACUGCUUUUUGUAUUUUAAAAUCAGUAAGAACAGCAACUGUCCUUGGAGUCACUAUAAUAAGGGUAAAAAUAAGAGCUUUUCUACGAGCUACAAUGUAUUUUUUUAAUUAAUACAGACUGUGAUCUUAAUCUACACAUCUGUUGACCAAAAACGUCAAACAUUCCAUGCAAGUUCAAACAUUGCAGAUCAUCACCAGAGCCUUAAGAAAUGUUGUACUUCCUUUGAAAGUGCCUGAGGGCGCCGCUCGAUGCAGUGCCUCUGAAUGCUGAUUCACUUGAGAGAGGUGAUUGUUGUUUGCAUGACUAUUUGCCAUGCAAAUGAACCAUCCCCGCAUACCGCCAAACAAUGAGAUAAUGCUCAAAGCAAAAUAUCAUUGGAGAUAAAAACUAAUUUGUUGGUCAGUAUGGAAACCUUGUGCUGACACCAGCAUAAACGCAAUCAGUGAUUAUUCGUUGUUGAUUUAGCCCGGGAGAGAGGAACACCUAGGGCAGACCUACAGGUCGGGACGUCAACACCACGCACUCCAGUCACUCGGUAAAGGCAGAUGGGUUAUUGAGAGGCCUCGAACCAAAUGUCACCGCAUUGUUUUUUUUGUUUUUUACCCGUCAUAUAUUUGUGACGGGAUUUUGCUGUUGUUAAAUAAAUGACCUUUUACGAGUGCAAAAGGAACAGAGAGGACAAAAGGUCUCAAAUCCGUGUCCUAAAGCCACAGUUCUCUAAACACGCUUAAAAUGGGUAGGAAAAAUGAAAUAGGUCAAAUCAUAGCUGCUGUAAGUGAUUUUUUAAUAGGCCUACAAUACAUAAUUCUUCACUACCUGACAGUCAGAUAUCACUGAAAUAGGUGUUUGAGAAAAAGAAGUAAAAAAAUAUAUAAAAAACGCAGCCAGGAAACAUUUUUCAUUCUUCAAAUGCCAACAUAAUGGUAGUUAUGGCAUGUACCACAUGAUGUGCGACACUAAACAAAAAAUAACCUGAAAAAUUAAAGAAAAAGGCGACUUUUGUUUGGAAAGUAAAAUUAUUUUUGCAUUUGAUUUGAUGGCAUUAAAAAAAACACUUACAGCAGCUUUAAUCAGGUCUAUUCACCCCCAAUUUUUUUUUUCUGUACUAAAUCUUGAAGCCAGAUGUGCUUUCUCCCUACACAAGCUAAAACACGGAAGUAGGGCUUCCCCUGCUGUUUAUGGUGCUGUAUUACAGAGAACAAACAAAACUGACCAAGUCUUCUUCUUGCCCUUGACGUUUUACAUUUCACGCCAUAUUUGUGAGGUCAAAAAUUGUGGGAAUUUCUAGUGGUGUCAUAAGCAUACUCAUAUUUAUAUUGUAUGUUUUGUUACAUUUUGCACAAGAACACUAAAUGUAGCUGCAUUGUUUUUUGUUUUUUGUUUUCUUUCUUGUUUGUUUGGCUUCCCAUAUCUUGGUGACGUAGUGGUUCACUGUAAUAUAAGCUAAGCUCAUUGCUGUGUAAAAAAAUGUGCAAACAUCUUCAGAGUGUGCUCUGUCUGUUCAUGAAAAUAAAUCUCUGAAACCAGUGA